CCGAAUUAAACUAACCCCCCAAAAACCCUAGUAGCCAAUCGACUAUACUCGUCUCUUUCCCAUUUUUUCUCGGUUAAUAAAGCCCUAGCAUAAACCGGAGAGACACUCUCUUUCUUCCUCUCUGUCUAGUUUCCUCUCCAGGCAGCUUCUCUUCCAGAGUUGUUUGCAGAACUGUGACUUCAGGAAGAAUCAAACAUGGUGAAAAAGAGCAAAAAGAGUAAAAGUAAGAGAAUUCCGUUGAGACAGAAGUAUAAAGUUUUGAGGAAGGUCAGGCAGCAUCACAAAAAGAAGGCCAAGGAGGCGAAGAAACUUGGAUUGAAUAAAAAACGCAAGGUCGAGAAGGAUCCGGGUAUUCCUAAUGAUUGGCCCUUCAAGGAACAGGAGCUCAAAGCUCUUGAAGCUCGCCGGGCUCGUGUUAUUGAGGAAAUGGAGCAAAAGAAAGCUGCCCGCAAGGAGAGGUCUAAAAAGAGGAAGCUGGGGUUACUCGAGGAUGAUGAUAUCUCUAAGUUUGGUGAUCUAGCUUCAGCAAAAGAACAAAAAUUUGAAGAGCGAAGUAGCAAUGAUGAUUUUGGUGGAACUGCCAAAAAUCGGGAUAAUUCAGACAGGGCAUUCUAUAAGGAGUUGGUGAAAGUUAUUGAAGAAUCUGAUGUCAUAUUGGAAGUCCUUGAUGCCCGAGACCCCCUUGGUACCCGUUGUGUUGAUAUGGAAAAAAUGGUGAUGAAAUCUGGUCAUGAUAAGCGUCUAGUGCUGCUUCUAAAUAAAAUUGAUCUUGUCCCUCGAGAAGCUGUUGAAAAAUGGCUAAAGUAUCUUAGAGAAGAAUUACCUGCUGUUGCCUUCAAGUGUAGUACCCAAGAGCAGAGGUCAAACCUAGGGUGGAAAUCUUCGUCGAAAAGAGCAAAGACCAGCAAUCUCUUGCAAACAAGUGAUUGUCUUGGAGCUGAAACCCUUAUUAAAUUGCUGAAAAAUUACUCAAGAAGUCAUGACAUUAAAAAAUCUAUUACAGUUGGUGUAAUUGGACUGCCUAACGUUGGUAAGAGUAGUCUAAUUAACAGCUUAAAGAGGUGUCACGUUGUCAAUGUUGGUGCUACUCCUGGGCUAACGAGAUCAAUGCAAGAAGUUCAGCUAGACAAGAAUGUUAAAUUACUGGAUUGUCCUGGUGUUGUACUGCUUAAGUCUGGGGAGAAUGAUGCAUCUAUAGCUCUUCGUAAUUGCAAAAGGAUUGAAAAGCUAGAUGAUCCAGUUAGCCCUGUGAAAGAAAUUCUCAAGCUUUGCCCGGACAGACUGUUGGUGACCCUAUACAAGAUACCAAGCUUUGAAUCAGUUGAUGAUUUUCUGCAAAAGGUGGCUACUGUCAGGGGUAGGCUGAAAAAGGGUGGUGUUGUGGAUGUUGAAGCAGCAGCUAGAAUGGUUCUGCAUGACUGGAAUGAGGGUAAAAUUCCAUAUUACACAAUGCCUCCUGCUAGGAAUCAAGAUGAACCUUUGGAGGCUAAGAUUGUUUCAGAGCUCGGAAAGGAAUUUAAUGUAGAUGAAGUUUACAGUGGUGAAUCCUCAUUCAUCGGGAGCCUGAAGUCUGUUAAUGACUUCAAUCCUGUUGAAGUUCCUCCAAGUUGCCCAGUCAAUUUCGAUGAGAGUAUGAUAGAGGGAGAUGUGGAAACCAAGACAUCAGCUCGUGGUGAUGAAAAUCCUGACCAUGCUAGUGAUGGUGAAGACCAGCCUAUGAGUUCUGAAGAAGAAGAUGCAAAUAAGAAUAAUGCGAAAACAGCAACUAGCCGGCAAAAUGAGAAGCUGUAUGCAGUUGAAGGUAUGCUGAAUACAAAAAUGAAACGAGCCGAGAAGAAAAGGAAGAAAAAAGCGGCUAAAGUAGAUGCAAUGGAUGAUGACUAUGACUUUAAAGUGGAUUACAUCAAGAAAAAGGGUUCUACCAUGGAUGUUGAAGAUGAGAGUGGGAACAAAGAUGAUGAUAAUCAAAUUAUUGGUGAGGUGCCAAUGUCGGGUGUUAAGUUUGAUGAUGAAUGAUAGAAUGCAUGACCAUAAGGGGUUCUCAUUUUUAAUAGAGUGACAUUUUGCUAGUUCUUAAAGAGUUAUAUGAUAUUGUAAUCAAAUUAUUCAUGUGGAAAUUUUGUUAAGAAAGUUGUUCUUUUUCCCCAUUCA